GGAAACUAAAUGUAUCCAGUACUUCGACUCGGGAACACUUCUCAGAUGUUGUCUUCCAUCAUAAGCAUAACAGCGGUCUAUAACUUAUAAAUAAAACUCCAAACGCAGCAUGUUUCAUCAGUUGUCUCUGUUCUCUGUGGGUCUCCUUUGACAGUUAGGUACCUAGUAUGUCGCCCAGAGGUAGGGACAGUAGGAUUCUGUGUUCGUGUUACUUUCGUUUCAUGGUACCACCUUCACCGGUAUAUACAUCCCUCCUUCCAACACCACGUGGACAGUAUAAACUUGGUGCGGAUGAUCAGGAUUGGUGUCAUGCUUACCAAAGUGAUGCAGUUGGUGAAACAAGAUGACAAUAUUGUGUAAGAUACCUGGGUAAUGAAAAUGGAAAGUCACCUUGCAUCCUUACAGCCUAGAUCUCUACAAUGUUUGUUGUGUAUGUUAGAAUAAACUCACUGGCACAUUUUAAAAAUAAUGUGUUUUGCUUCUCUGUUAAUGUGGAUGUAAAACAAUGAAAACAAAAAAUAAUAACAACAGAAAAUAAUUUUAUAUGUGAAACCAUAACCUAUCUGUGAUCACUAAUAUGCAAGUUUUGGUGCAUGUGGAUUUAAUUUUAAGCACAACUAAUAAUGGAUGAAAAUCAUAAAGACCUGCACAACUUUUGCCAUGGUAGAAGUCCUAGAGAUAUGGCAAAGACUAAAUUAGAUAAAAUGCUGGUUGAAGAAGAAGAUGAUGGUAGUGAUGAAGAAGUGAUGCAGGCUGUAGUCAGUGAAGCAGUGAACCUUCGCAUGAAGAAAGAGCAAGUAGGAAUUAAUGGAGUGGUAUGUUAUGAUGAUCAACAAAAUCGGGAACGACCAAUGUCAUGGGAAGGAGAACUCUCUGAUGAUGAUUUUAAGAAACAAGCACCAAAUGAUUCAAGUAAAUUAGUUUGUAUGCUGGAAGAUGACACUGACCCAGAUUGCUCAAUAAAAAGUCUGGAGUGUAUGGCUAGAAGAGAUGAAAAUGUUUAUUGUAGUGAGGAGGAUUCAUUCACAAUAGCCAAAAGGGGAUUCUCUUUUGUUGGCCUCAAUGACAAAAAUAAAGUAAAAGCAAGCAAUUUUAAAGAUAAUACCCAGACCACAUCUUUACCUCCUCAUCCUGGUUCAUUUUCUGUUGUUAUUUCCACACCAUCCUCAGUUUAUCCAUGUGAUGCCCACUUUUCAUCCCAGUCCCUGAACUACUCAAGUGCUGGCUCAAGCUUAGUGAUCACUCGACCAACUAGCAGCUCUAGUUCAAGAUCUUCUUAUUCACCUGCUGAAAGCCCAAACCUUGGCAGACAUUUUGAGCCAGGGACAUUAUACUCCCUUCCCCAGAGCCCUAGUUUGUCAACCCACCUUGGAAGAAGAAGCAGACCAGGAAGUGGGGGAACAGGCUAUACUCCAUCAAACAGUCCUCUUCAGGAUAGACAAUCAGUCAUUGAAAAUUCCCUAUAUUCUGCUCUUCAAAGUCCAAACCGAGCCAGGCACCAUAUUCCAGAUGGUCAUGCUGUGGUGUCUCCAAAUCACAGUCCAGCUCACUCAAGAAAUAUGUCACUUAAUCGACCUGUUCCUUUUGGGGCAUCUCCAUCUCCAACACCUCACCACUUAUUAACUGGUGUAAAGCAAGAUAACAUCUUGUCUUCAGCCCUGGAAAGGCCAAUUUCCUACAAAUACAGUACUUCUGAAGUGUGUUCUGCUUUAUCUUACCGUCCAGGACAGGAGUCAAAGUUUACAGUAUCAAGUGCCUCAGAUGAAUCAACCACAAGUGAUUUUGCCAGUCCAACAAGAAUGCCAUCAGAAAGUUGUGAUGACAGUCAAACUGUUGGGCUCUCUGAUUUGCCACCAAAUGUUUUUGGAGCUUCGGGGACAGCUGGAAUUUCUCGUCAGCAGCUUCUGAGUGGGCCAUGCCCUAUUUGUGGUGACCGUAUCUCUGGUUUUCAUUAUGGAAUUUUCUCCUGUGAGAGUUGUAAAGGUUUCUUUAAGAGAACUGUGCAAAAUAAGAAGAAUUAUGUUUGUCUACGAGGGGCCAACUGCCAAAUAAUUAUUAGCACUCGAAAGAAGUGUCCAGCCUGUAGAUUUGAUAAAUGUUUAAGAAGAGGGAUGAAACUAGAAGCAAUUCGAGAGGACAGAACUCGAGGCGGCCGCAGCACGUAUCAGUGUUCUUAUGCUUUAGCCAGUCAAGCAAGUUGUGAUUCAAGGGUGACAAAUUGUAUUUCUUUAUCUCCUACCAAGGAGAAGCAUCAUGUAAGCUCAGGUCUGUCCUUACCAGGCUGUAGCAGAGAAUCUCAAGGUAUACAGGUGUCUUCAACACAAGGGUCACAAGAAGUUCCUUUACUUAUUCAAGAAAUUCUUUCAGUUGAACAUCUUUGGCAGUAUUCAGACAAAGAUGUAAAUAAAACUGAGGAAAAAACCAGUGACAGUAAUUCAGACUUUUUCAGUAACCUCUGUAACAUUGCUGACAACCGCCUCUAUAAGAUAGUCAAGUGGUGUAAAAGUUUACCCUUAUUUAAAGAGAUUCAGAAAGAUGACCAAACAGCUCUUCUGACCAAUUCUUGGUGUGAAAUGCUUCUCCUUAGUUGCUGCUAUAGGUCCAUUCCAACCCCUAGAGAAGUGCGAAUUUCAACAGGAAAGUCCAUGACUUCAGAACAGGCCCAAGAAGUUGGAUUAGGCCCAGUGGUUGAGAGGAUGCUGAACUUAACAGAACAUUUACGCAGGCUAUGUGUAGAUCAGUAUGAGUAUGUUUGUCUGAAAGUCAUCAUUUUGCUAACAUCAGAUGUCAGUGGGCUGAAGGAUAUAGAGAAAGUUCGAGCCUGUCAGAAGCAAGUUCUAGAAGCUUUGCAAACUUACACCCAUACACACUAUCCAGAAAAUAUCAGCAAAUUUGGAGAGCUCUUACUCCUAAUUCCAGAACUGGAACGAGCUUGUCAGGUUGGUAAAGAGUCUUUGUCUGGCAAACAGAGAGGAGGAGGAGAGAUUCCAAGUUUUCAUCUUUUGAUGGCACUUCUUCGAGGUGACCACUGAUCACUUUUGACAAGAUUGAAGACCUUUAUUGCUACAUAUCUGUGAUUAUAGUGAAGCAGCUUCUGAGUUCACUACUCUAGACUAGAGUGACUUGUAAAUGUAAGUUAUCUGGAAGAACUGUUGAAAACUUUCAUGUUGUGCCAUAUGGUGAUGCCAGCCACUGAGAUAAACAUGUGCUCAGAUCUGACAGACUUUUAGAAAAUAGUUCUGCCCAAAGUAAUGUCUGAUGUUUAGCUGUAGGUUUGAAACUGUUAAUUAUAACAUCUUACAAACGUCAGGAUUGAUAAUUCAUAUAGAAACUGCCUCAUUUUGUAUCACGUCACCUAAGCCCUACUCUUAGAUAACUGCUACAGCUUAUUUCCUAAGACUUGUAUUAUGUAAAACAAAAGUGAACUUUAUUCUGUAAUAGAACAAAAAAAAACAACAAAAAAACAAUAUUAUAAAAUAUUUGUGCUUAUUUUUAGUAGUCCUUCUAAGCAACUUAACCCUGGCAAGUCGCAUGAUUAAGAGUUCUCUUGUCAUGCCUUUGAUCUUUUAUCAUGACCUAAAAGCAUGAUUUAUGACAUUGUAAAGGUUUUUACCCUAAGGUGGUGUAUCUGACAGAAAACAGAAUGUGCUGCAUCAGUCUAUUUUUAAGUACAGUAAGCACAGUUUCAAUGUCGUGAUAUUUCUAACAGAUCACUUCUUCAUGUCUAUAAAUAUCUUAAUGAAAGUUUCCAAACAGUUAAGGAUAGCAUUUUCAUAGAAAUAGAAUUAGGUUUAUGAACAAUUUCAUUAUUGUAAUUAUUUAUCAAACAAUGUUCAAAUAUGGAAGGGUAACCAGCAAGGAUACUAUUUAACAUUAAAGCUUGUAAAAAAAAAAUUGGUUUCAGUUAUAUUGGAACUCAUUAAUAUUUCACUUAAUAAAAAGUGUUUGAAUUCUCUUUAUCUUAAAUUUUCUCUUUUUAUCAAACCAUCAAGUUAAAAUAAUGCUCAUUUAAAAGAAUAUAUUAAAAUUUCUGUUUGUUGUGAAUGUAAUCAUUUACAUAUCCUUUGUUAUAUAAAGCACAAGCUGUAACUUUUGUUUUUGUCAUUGCUGACUUGUUUGGGCCUCAUUAAAGAAUUCUGUAAAAUACAAAUCUUAAAGUUGGGUAACAUUAUCAUAAUUUUGAAUCUCAGUGACUGUAAAACAAUCUCGUUUUAAUAAUUCAUUUGUGACGAUGUAUAUGUAAGCCUGUUCAUUUCAGCUAUAGAUUGAUUUAUAAAUGCAAUUAUAUUCACUUUUUUUAUUCAAUUAAAACCAAGAUGAUUAAAAUUUGCUGAAUAAUUUUAUAAUUCUUCACAAGAAUAGUUAUAAAAGAAACCAUAUGUGAAAAUAUUACUCUUUCCUUUAAGUACAACAGAUUUGCAAAGCUGUGAGUAUAUCUCCAGGUAAGCCAACUUGUGUAUAAUGGACAUUUUAAGACAGUAUGGUGUAAGAUCAAAAGUUAUCUGAAACAUACAUUUUAAUUAAACAACAAAGUUUUGAACUACAUUUUAUAAUUGAAGAAAACAUAAGUAGUAUUAUGUUCUUCAAAUUGUGGCUAGCUUUGUAUAAUCCUCUGACUUGUAUAGGUAUUAUUUAAAGAAAAAUAUUUAUUUCUUCGUUUUUUUUUUAAUGAAUAGUAAAUAUUAUACUUGCAGCAAAUCCUAUUUAAUGUAAAAAUGUCAAGGUGAUGUGAAAUGUGUUCUUUCUGUCUGUGUUGCUGCUUUGUUUGAUGAGUAUUUUAAGUAUUUUUUCUUAAAACUUUUUGCCACCCAUAAAUCUUUUGUUUCUUUCACUAAUUACUGAUUACAUUCUGGAUGCCUAUCUAUUUUCUUACACUCAAUAUAUGAAAAAUAUUUAAUAAUCAUAAUAAUUUUCUUAAAUUGUUUCAUUCCACUCCAUUGAUAUCUUGCUAUGGCUGAUACCUAAAAUAAGUGAUGACAUAAAUUUGUCUUUAUUAUUAAUCUUUGAAGAAUGAAGCUGCACUUCAAAUGUUUCUGCUUUUUAAACAAUACUCUUCACACCUCACCAAGAGAAAGUUUAGUCUGCAUGUGCUCUAUUCUGGUGCUUUUCUUGAAUGCUUAACAUCCUUUAUAAUUAGCAGAUAAAGCCUUGAACCUUCAUUUUUUCAGAGGUUUAAUUGUGACUUUGUGUUAUUUUCUCCCAACUAGGGAUUUUUUCUAAAAUAAUUAAGUUCCUUUAUUGACCAAAAGAAACUGACUAAAGAUAGAUGGUCUAGUCAGAUGAGUAUAAGGCAUUGUAUUUAAUCUUGCAUGUGUGACCCUAAAUUCCCAUGCUAGAAUAUUUCCAUGUUAUUUAGACAUGCAGACUGUGGUACCUAUGCAUCAUGUUAUUUCAACAAUGACUAUAGUUCUGCCAUGAUUUUGAUGAGUUGUUAAUUUGUUAAUAGUAGUGAACUUUCAGUACUUGAAUAUGUUUGUUUUGAAUUUUGCACAAAGCUACUUGAGGGCUGUCUAUGCUAGCCAUCCCUAAUUUAACAGUGGAUAGACUAGAGGGAAGGCAGCUAGUCAAUACCACCCACUGCCGACUCUUGGGCUACUCUUUUACCAAUGAAUAGUGGGAUUGACCAUUACAUUAUAAUGCCCCCAUGGCUGAAAGGGUGAGGUUGUUUGGUGUGAAUGCAUUUUUCAACUUAUUAUUUUGUUAUAUUUCAAAUGGGUUUAAAGGUUGAGAAAUAUGGAAUUGAUUAAACCUCUGCUAAAUAGAUUUAAUAAGUGGAUGUGUGCACCAUGAUUAAUAUGUUGAUUUAUAAGAAGAAAUAAAAAAUGUGUUAAGAAAAACCAUUCAGUUUCAUGGAAAAGUUUCAGAGGCAAUAUUAUGCAUUUCUGAACUUGUAUUGUACCAAACCAUGUGCAUAAUCUUUUCAUAACAAUGACAUGUGGAACUGUAUGUAGAAAUAUGGAAGAAGUCUGAUAUUUAAAUGUACUGUAAAUAUUAUCAAUCAAAUGGGAAAGCCAGGUGGACAAAAAAGAAUUUGAAAAAACUAAAUUAUUAUGUUUUAAUGAAUAAAAACAUUAGCAGACUGAUGUCAUUGCAGAUUUAUAUAUUUAGUAAGUAAAUUGAAGAUGUUUUUCUAUUAACCAAAAUCAACCAAUGGUUGCCUUCAAGUUAUCUAAAUGCUAACAAAAGAACAAAAACCCCAUAAACAAAAUGAUAUAUAUAUAGUCUACCAGAAACAAAUUAUAAAGAUAUCUUAUGUAAAUAGGCUACAAAAGUUCACAUGUAAGAUUGUGAAUAUCAUUAAAAAUGAAUUUUUACAUUUAAAAAAUGAAAACAGCUUAACACUCCAAGUUCACUAGAUUUCUGCAUAUUUACAAUGACUACUCAUACAUUUUCCUCAUACAUUUUUCAGCAACUGAGAUAUACUGAAAGGAUUAAGCUGUCGUGUACUUUUAUGACUGAUUUUUGUGUGCAGAAAACAAGAAUCACUUUUUUACUUGUAUUAACAUUAGAUGCUAGUUCAAGAGGCACUAAAUAUAAUCUUUCUUUGUCGGGUUGGAGCAUUUGUUUCAAUAAACAGAAGAACACAUCAUGGAUAAAUUCCUUUAAUUUGACUCCUUGGUGUUGAGGGACUUUAUAUUUUGUGUGUGUGUAUAUAUAUAUAUAUGUGUGUGUGUGUGUGUGUGUCAGUCAGCUAAAGACUGUUUUAACAGUACUAAUGGAUGGGAUGUUUGCUUUUAUGCUGAUCAAAGGAAAUUCUCUCUCUGACAUUCUUCAUAGAGUUCAUGUUAAAUAUCAGUUUUGUUGAAACUUUUGAGAAAUGUCAUGAUUGCUGUCAUAUAAAGCUUCGUAUUUCAUCUUUAGUUUAGAACUUCUCAUGAUAUUUGAAGUAUAUCACUUGUUCAGAACAAAAGCUAUGUGGUGGUCAUUUAUUAUUUUAUUUUGGUUUGCUGUUGAGAAAUUUUCAAGUAAAAUGCUUCUAACAAUUAAAUGAUUCAAUGUAAACCAGGUUAAUAAAAGUUUUUUAAGCAUUAACAUUUUAAUUUGGCAGUUAAUGCUGUUCAAGUUAUGUUUGAAAUAACUGCAUGGCAUACAGCCAUAUGCUAAUAGCAAAUAUAGGACGAUUAUCUGAAAGCAUCAUGUUUUAUAGGAACUGGUUUCAAACAAAUUUCCUGUAUUAACUUUUUUUACAAAAUAAUGUGGUUUUGUCAAAUGAGAUGACCAUAGAGUAAAACUGGUUAGAAUUUAAAAUUCUCCUUUGCAGUAGAUUUUUAAAUAUUAGGUUAUAAGAUUUUAAUUUGUUAGUUAGGAGUUUGUAAGAUAUCUUUUGUACUAUUCUCUCUUUGUUUUUUACACCACUAAUCAAAGAAUGAGUUUAAGCUAAGAGUGAUGACUUCCUGUUUCUCACUUUUUAGAUCUGUCUGCCAUUUUUUUUAUAUACUUAAAUUUAAAUGUCUUGGAAUAUUGAAAGGUUCUUAAUCUAUAUUAUAUAUUAAUUGAUAUGUAAAGAAAUAUGCUAACACUGUCAACUAGCACCAAAAUGUUUUUAAAAUAGUGUCCACAAUUUAAGUAGUACUUUCCAAUGUAAAAAUGUUUUUAUUAGAUUUACAAUAGUUUUUAUUAAGUGAUUUUGAAAACCAAAUCUUUCCCGUUACAAGUAGUAUUAUCAUGUUACAAUGCAAAUUACAUUUAAUGUACAAAUGUAGCUGUAAAAUUUAUGAGUGUGUUGUAGAAAAAUGUACAAUCUAUGUUGAAGUAAUGCCAGCCACCUUUGGAAAAAACAAGAAUACUGGAGAGUAUAUUGCCUAGAAAUUAUGGUGAUGAAUAUUUAGUAUUUUGUCAAAGAAUGAAUGAAUAUUAUAAUAAUUGUCUUUUUUUUUAAACAAAUUGUAUAUAAUACUGACAGACACUGUUAGCCUUAUGAAACUUCAGGCCAAAAACAAUUAGGAAGGAAGGUGUGUAUUGGUCUCAAGAAGUGAUCUAUUCAUUUUCAUAAUGUUGUGUCACAGAAUAAACUAGGAUUUGUUUUUUACUUUUAUGUAAGAAAAGAUGGCAUUAAUACUGCAGUGCAAUAUGAUAUAUUCCUAUCCUGUCAUUUUACUUUUACAAGUUGAACAAUGUAUUGUUUCUUUCUUGGUAUUUCAGUAUACUUUUAUAUAUGAGUUUAAUAUCCCAUAAAUGGUACUUAAAAUAUGUUUAGGGUAUUGCAACCUUUGGGUAUACUAUCACGUGCUAUUACAACUAUAAAGCAUGACAAUUGUGAACUUAGGAUGGGUCAUUUCAAGUAAUAAAUUACAUUUUUGUACAGAUAUUUGUAGUUUUUGAAUUAAAAUUUCAAUUAAGAGAAGGCAUUACUUUGAUGGAACAUUUAAUGAAAUUUGUUGUUUUUCUUAACUAUAUUUUACAUGCUUCAGAUAUGAAGAAACUCUGAAUAGUUAAACAGGUGUGAGUUUAUCUAUUUGUAUUUAGAUAAUCUCCUAUCACAGAAAAAAUCAAGCUGUAGAUGUUAGUUAUAGCCCAAUCCUAAUUUUACGUUUUUAUACAGUAUUUUUCUGCGUAUAUACUGAAUUUUAAUCAUGGAUUAGAUUCCAAAGUUUUCUUAAUUUCUUACACCUUCAUUAUUAAAGACUGGAAUAAAUUUAGGAACCUUGUUCAAUGUUAAUCACCGCAAACCAAAUGUCAUAUAAGUAUGACCUUAAUUUCUUGUAACUAACUUCUCUCCAUUUGUUUUUUUACUAAAAGAUUUUAUUGAAACUAAAUUAAUGUGAUUCUUGUUGCUGGCAACAGUCACGUAUAUUCAAUUGUUGUAUCAAAAUGUCAGUUUCAUGAUGAAAAAGGAUAGUAUUUGUUACCUACAGCUGUCAUCAUCUCUUGUUCCAUUCCUGACACUAAAGAAACUAUGAUCUUUGUUUGUAUCUGUUACUGCCAUUUUUUUCUUUGGGAAGAUUUCACAAACACUAAGGCAAUGGUAAUCUUUGUUUGCAGCUCUUAUUACUUUUCCCUUUAGGGGGAUGUCAUUGAUACUAAAGAAAUGAUGGGUUUGUUUGCUAUUAUCCAUUUUCUAUAAGCAGAUUGUCAUUUUACUGAGGUUCUUGUUUGAAUCAGUUAUUACUAUUCAUUCAUUGAGCAGGGAAGUUAUUCAAAUUUAAAAAUAUUGUAAACAAUUUGUUAUAUUUUAAUAAUGUACAUUUCUUUAGUUUUACAUGUUAUUACAUGUGUAACUUUUGUGAUAGUAUAGUAUUAACAAGUUAUACUUCUAAAGAAGCCUAAUAAAUGUUUAUAUUCUAUCACUCAGUUCCAAAUAUUAUAAACCUAAUGUUAUAUUAAAGAACAAAGAUCUGAAAAUAGUAGUGGAUUACAGCUUUCAUUUUUGAGAAACUUGUCCAUUCAAAAGCGUGUAUACAUGAAGAUCUAUGCUGAUGAUCCAAAAUGUACCUUCAACAGAUGAACGAAGCUUGUUCAGUUGUCCUAAGAAAUAUAUGAAAAUACAAAGCAAGUUACUUGGAAUGUUAAUUUUUCACUCUGUCAUGACAUUAUUUUUCAAAUUGUCCAUCAUUUUAGUAUGUUUUCAUUUGUUAAAACUUCAAUGAAAUUCAACUUAAUGGUAAUCUAUACUUAACAAGCAUUAGUGGAAAAUUAUGUAACAUACAGUUCGCAUAGUUCGAUAAUGCUGAAAACUGAAUACAAACCUUAAUGUUUACUGUUUUAAGAGAUGUAAAUCAUAUUAAUUCCAAUGAUUCAACAGUAUUUUUAAGAUGAGUUAAACAAUUUUACAUCAUGAUAAAAAAGAGAUGCAAGUGUAAUUGGAAAUGGAGAAAGUAUAGAUCAAAACAAGUACUCAUUUGGUGAAUAGUUAUAAUCUUUGUUUAAAACUAUGUGAUAUCUAACUACCAGCAACAUAGUUGUGUGCCUAGUUUAUAAGUGGUCUAACAACACACACUCCUUAAACUUUCCUAAAGAAUUUAUGUUUUAAUAAUUCAAAAAUCUGAAUUACAAAACAUGUUUCAAUGUUAUGUUGUAUAGAAAGUUGUACAUUACCAUAUCAUCUAGAAUGCAGAUAUAGUUUUUUCAUUUGUCCCAUACAUUUAGUUUAUGUUACAUUUUAUAGUAUUUGUAUACAGGGGCUUUAAAACAUUUUAAUAAAAAAAAUUGCUUUUUGUGGA